CCCUGGGACCGUCAUGAGUGGUGGUUCUUGCUCAAGGAGCCAAGGGAAGAGGGACAACUGGGAUGGGCCUAAGGGAGGGCAGGGUUUUUUUUGUUUGUUUUUAAAUAGGGUCUCACCACGUAGCCUAGGCUGGUUUCUAUGUAGUUUGCAGACAUCCUCCUGCCUCAGUCUCCCUAGCAGUGCUGGGAUUACAAUUUGCGUCACCGCCCCCGGCCUGGGAAUGGGAGAUUAAAACCCCAUGCUUCCUGACAGAAGCCUAAGAGAGUUUUUCCUUUGGAUGCUUCUCCACCUGAGUUUCCUGGUGGGAUGCAGCGAGCACAAGCCCCUUGCUCACACCUCUGUGUUCUUAUGUGGAGGUACCUGCAGCUCCCACUCUCUAGCCUGGGGAGGGCCUCGUCUCCUCCCCUCAUUUUCUACCUACUGGAUUCUAUGUGCUCGCUGCGGGAGUGGGGGGGGGUCAGCACGGUUGCCCCCGACGACGUGCAACCCGCCCGCCGUAUUGGCCGGCCCGGGGCGGGGAGGCGGGGCUUCGCUGGCAUUCGCCUACGCGGCGCUGGCUGCGCGGCCCCUGCAGUCGGGACGGGCGGAGCCGGGGCUGCGCCAGGCGUCCCGGGUCACUUAGGGUGUGCGUGCUGGGGCUGCAGUAGACCUGGGGGCUGCGGCGCUGCUGAGGUCGCAAUGGUUCGGGCGGGCUGGUGCCGCGGCCCCAAAGAUGGCCUGGGUUGAGGGGCCUGGGCGCCCGGAGUGGCUGGGGCUCCCUUCUGAGCGGCUGCAGCUCCUGCACCUCCCCUGGGGGCCGCCCCGUAGGCGGUAGGCGCUGCUGAGACCUUGGACAGUGUGCCCUCCCCCACUCAAACCGGGACCAUGACGGUCCCCAAGGAGAUGCCCGAGAAGUGGGCCAGGGCACCUCCCUCCUGGAACCGUAAGAAGCCCGCAUGGGGGACAGAAGAAGAGAGGAGGGCACGGGCCAAUGACCGAGAAUACAAUGAGAAAUUCCAGUAUGCGAGCAACUGCAUCAAGACCUCCAAGUACAAUAUCCUUACCUUCCUGCCUGUCAACCUGUUUGAGCAGUUCCAGGAAGUUGCCAACACCUACUUCUUGUUCCUUCUCAUUCUGCAGUUGAUCCCACAGAUCUCUUCCCUGUCAUGGUUCACCACCAUUGUGCCUUUGGUUCUGGUCCUCACCAUCACAGCUGUUAAAGAUGCCACUGAUGACUAUUUCCGCCACAAGAGUGAUAACCAGGUGAAUAAUCGGCAGUCUCAGGUGCUGAUCAAUGGAAUCCUCCAGCAAGAGCAGUGGAUGAAUGUCUGUGUUGGUGACAUUAUCAAGCUUGAAAAUAACCAGUUUGUGGCGGCGGAUCUUCUGCUUCUUUCCAGCAGUGAGCCCCAUGGGCUGUGUUAUAUAGAGACAGCAGAGCUCGAUGGAGAGACCAACAUGAAAGUGCGCCAGGCAAUUCCUGUCACCUCAGAGUUGGGAGACAUCAGCAAGCUUGCCAAGUUCGAUGGUGAAGUGAUCUGUGAACCCCCCAAUAACAAGCUGGACAAGUUUAGUGGAACCCUCUACUGGAAGGAAAACAAGUUCUCCCUUAGCAACCAGAACAUGCUGCUGCGGGGCUGUGUGCUUCGAAACACGGAGUGGUGCUUCGGGCUGGUCAUCUUUGCAGGUCCUGAUACUAAGCUGAUGCAGAACAGCGGCAGGACAAAGUUCAAGAGAACAAGUAUUGAUAGGCUAAUGAAUACACUGGUGCUCUGGAUUUUUGGAUUCCUGGUCUGCAUGGGGGUGAUCCUAGCCAUUGGCAAUGCCAUCUGGGAGCAUGAGGUUGGAACACGCUUCCAGGUCUACCUGCCCUGGGACGAGGCAGUUGACAGUGCCUUUUUCUCCGGCUUCCUUUCCUUCUGGUCCUACAUCAUCAUUCUCAACACCGUCGUGCCCAUCUCACUGUAUGUCAGUGUGGAGGUCAUCCGCCUGGGCCACAGCUACUUCAUUAACUGGGACAAGAAGAUGUUCUGCAUGAAGAAGCGCACUCCCGCAGAGGCCCGCACCACUACCCUGAACGAGGAGCUGGGUCAAGUGGAGUAUAUCUUCUCUGACAAGACCGGCACCCUCACCCAGAACAUCAUGGUCUUCAACAAGUGUUCCAUCAAUGGCCACAGCUAUGGUGACGUGUUUGAUGUCCUGGGACACAAAGCUGAGUUGGGAGAGAGGCCUGAACCCAUUGAUUUCUCCUUUAAUCCUCUGGCUGACAAGAAGUUCUUGUUUUGGGACCCCAGUCUCUUGGAGGCUGUCAAGAUGGGGGACCCCCACACACAUGAGUUCUUCCGCCUCCUUUCUCUGUGUCACACUGUAAUGUCAGAAGAAAAGAACGAAGGAGAGCUGUACUACAAAGCCCAGUCCCCAGAUGAGGGCGCCCUGGUUACUGCAGCCAGAAACUUUGGUUUUGUGUUCCGCUCUCGUACCCCUAAGACAAUCACCGUCCACGAGAUGGGCAUAGCCAUCACCUACCAGCUACUGGCCAUCCUGGACUUCAAUAACAUCCGCAAACGCAUGUCAGUCAUAGUGCGGAACCCAGAGGGGAAAAUCCGACUGUACUGCAAAGGAGCCGACACUCUCCUGCUUGACAGACUCCACCAAUCCACCCACGAACUGCUCAGCGCCACCAUGGACCACCUGAAUGAAUAUGCAGGGGAAGGGCUGAGGACCCUGGUCCUGGCCUAUAAGGAUCUAGACGAUGACUAUUACGAGGAGUGGGCUGAGAGACGACUGCAGGCAAGCCUGGCCCAGGACAACCGGGAGGAUAGGCUGGCCAGCAUCUACGAGGAAGUUGAGAGCGACAUGAUGCUGUUGGGUGCAACAGCCAUUGAGGACAAACUUCAGCAAGGGGUACCAGAGACCAUCGCCCUCCUCACACUGGCCAACAUCAAGAUUUGGGUGCUAACUGGAGAUAAGCAAGAGACGGCUGUGAACAUUGGCUACUCCUGCAAGAUGUUGACAGAUGACAUGACAGAGGUGUUCAUAGUCACCGGCCACACUGUUUUGGAGGUGCGAGAGGAACUCAGGAAAGCUCGGGAAAAGAUGAUGGACUCCUCCCGUGCUGUAGGCAAUGGUUGCUCCUAUCAGGAGAAACUGUCAUCUUCCAGGCUGGCUUCUGUCCUAGACGCUGUUGCUGGGGAAUAUGCUCUUGUCAUCAAUGGUCACAGCCUGGCUCAUGCACUGGAGGCAGAUAUGGAGCUGGAGUUUCUGGAAACAGCCUGUGCCUGCAAAGCUGUCAUCUGCUGCCGGGUGACUCCCUUGCAGAAGGCGCAGGUGGUGGAAUUAGUGAAGAAAUACAAGAAGGCUGUGACACUUGCCAUUGGGGAUGGGGCCAAUGACGUCAGCAUGAUCAAAACGGCUCAUAUUGGUGUGGGCAUCAGCGGGCAGGAAGGGAUCCAGGCUGUCCUGGCCUCCGAUUACUCCUUCUCCCAGUUCAAGUUCCUACAGCGCCUGUUGCUGGUGCACGGGCGCUGGUCCUACCUGCGCAUGUGCAAGUUCCUCUGCUAUUUCUUCUACAAGAACUUUGCUUUCACCAUGGUCCACUUCUGGUUUGGCUUCUUCUGCGGCUUCUCGGCCCAGACCGUGUAUGACCAGUAUUUUAUCACCCUCUAUAACAUUGUGUAUACCUCCCUUCCAGUCCUGGCUAUGGGGGUCUUUGAUCAGGAUGUCCCGGAGCAGCGGAGCAUGGAGUACCCUAAGCUGUAUGAGCCAGGUCAGCUGAAUCUCCUCUUCAACAAGCGAGAGUUCUUCAUCUGUAUCGCCCAGGGCAUCUACACAUCUGUGCUUAUGUUCUUUAUCCCCUACGGAGUGUUCUCAGAGGCUACCCGGGAUGAUGGCACCCAGCUGGCUGACUAUCAGUCCUUUGCUGUCACUGUGGCCACGUCACUGGUUAUCGUGGUCAGUGUGCAGAUCGGGCUGGAUACAGGCUACUGGACAGCCAUCAACCACUUCUUCAUCUGGGGCAGCCUCGCAGUUUACUUUGCCAUCCUCUUUGCCAUGCACAGCAACGGGCUCUUUGACAUGUUUCCGAACCAGUUCCGGUUUGUGGGGAAUGCCCAGAACACGCUGGCCCAGCCCACAGUGUGGCUCACCAUUGUACUCACCACAGUCGUCUGCAUCAUGCCUGUGGUUGCCUUCCGGUUCCUCAGGCUCAACCUGAAGCCAGAUCUCUCUGACACGGUCCGCUACACCCAGCUGGUGAGGAAGAAGCAGAAAGCUCAGCACCGCUGCAUGCGCCGGGUGGGCCGCACUGGGUCCCGGCGUUCGGGCUACGCCUUCUCCCACCAGGAGGGCUUCGGGGAGCUUAUCAUGUCCGGCAAGAACAUGCGGCUCAGCUCCCUGGCACUCUCCAGCUUCACCACGCGCUCCAGCUCCAGCUGGAUUGAGAGCCUGCGCAGGAAGAAGAGUGACAGUGCCAGCAGCCCUGGUGGUGUGGCUGAGAAGCCCCUGAAGGGGUGAAGACCUGGCUGGGACGCCCUGUGUCAGUGGCACAGCACACAGGCUGUGGGGCCCUGGGGUACAGCCUCUCUGAACUGCCACCCGCACUCCUUGCCUGCCCAGCCUGCAGGGAGCUCUGUCCUGCUGGCCCUGCUGUGGGGGAGGUGAAGGAGUGGACUGGGUAGGACAGGGGCUCAGAUGUGGGGGCGCAGCCCCGUGGGGACUAGCUGUGGAACCGAAAACGAGGAAAACUGUGAGAGAUUGCGUCUGCCCCUGCCUUGCCGGGGAACCCACAGGGAGACUGUAAUCUCCUUAUUUUUUUACUCCCAUUCCCUAGAGGGGCCCUUGAGCCUCUGUUCCUCAAUUACACACGAAUGUAUCAUGCUGGAAAGCCAGAGAGACCUGCUGGGGCCUCAGGCCCCUCAUACUGCGUCUGUCUCCUUGAUUUGUAUUUGUAUCCUCUUCUCUUCUCUUCUCUUCUCUUCUCUUCUCUUCUCUUCUCUUCUCUUCUCUUGUAAUUUGACAGAUGGAGGAGAACUUUAUGUGACUUUUCUGUUAGGUUGACAUCUUACCUUUCCUGGAAAAAGGAGACUGGCAUCCCCUGGGAGCCCUACCUGGGGGCAUGGUUCCCUCAUGGGACAGAGGGGUUACCAGCAAGGGAGGUGCUGUCAGCUCAAGGGUGGGGGGAGAGGAGACCGGAAGCUUUGGUCCUCACCCUCACCUUGAAGGAGGAGUGUUUCCUUUUCCCAGCAGUUCCUGGAUUCCAUAAGUCCUGUUGCACUGGGCUGGAGCCUUUCUCAGUGAGUGAAAUCCAAGUAUGGGAUUAGUGGGGGAGGUAAUUUUCUUUUAUUUUGAACUGAGUCCCAAGUUCAUUAGCAAAUUCCCUUUCCCUUUCAUGUGGCACUUUCUUGUACUACAUCCCAAGACCCUGAGGUGGAGGAGUGGGACAGGAAGCUGAGCCUGGUGGGGGACUGAGGGAAGCUGCUGCUCUGCUGGCUGCUCCCCGUGGAGGAGGUCCCACCCUUGGGGCCCAGCACCUGGGAGGAGCCGGCAAGGUCCUUGUCCCAAGUUGAGGAGAGAAGAACUGGGUCUAGGCCAGGAGACUGCUCAGGGCCCGCCUUGGUCAGAAUGGGGCUCCCUCAGAGCUGGCCCCAGCUUGUCCUGUCACCCACAUCCCAACCUAGCUGCUACCUAAUCAGCCUGGAAGAACCCUUUCCUCUUCUUUGGUAGUUGGGGUAGGAGAGCUGGUACUUGGUGCAGGGACCUUCACUGGGCAGUGGGAGAGGCAGGGCCCCAGGGGAGCUGGAGUGGCACAGGGGGUCCGGCUGGCAUGGGCAGGUUGCGGGGGACAAGAAAGUCUUGGCAGGGAAACCCGCUUUUGGCCACAGUUUACAAACAGUAUCAUGUCUGUCUGUGUGUCUCUCAAGGUGAGAGUCUGAUUUUUAUACCAAAGAGGAAAUGAUUUUUUUCAUAUUUGUUUUGUCUAUAUUAUAUAAAUAUAAAUAUAUAUAUAUAUACAGUUAUAUAUAUAUUAUUUUUUUGGUUCUCUCUCAUUUUUUAGGGAGGGAGGAAAGUACUAAGUUGCGUUGAGCUGUAAUUAAGGAACAUUCUGUAUAAUUUAUGACACAUUUCUAUACUUGCAAAAAUUAUAUCAUUUUAUGGAUAUAAAAGAAAAAUGCCUUUUUAUAAAAUUCCAAUUUCUGAGAA